AUGCCUAAGGAGAUCCGGGACAUAAAACAGUUUAUCGAGAUUGCUCGGAGGAAGGAUGCCCGUCAGGCGCGCAUAAAGAAAAUCGCGUCCAAGACACCCAACGGCAAAGCCCUCACCAAGUUUAAACUGCGGUGUUCUCGAUACCUGUACACACUCUCCCUCGACGACCCAGACAAGGCUGAGAAACUCCAGCUUGGACUCCCUCCAGGUCUUGAGGUUGUCGAGAUCCAGAAGAAAAAGUCGAAAAAGUAG